AUGACGGGGCAACAAGGGGAUCCUGCACCUACUGCAGCCGGGCUUGAAGCGUUGCAGAAUUCGUUAGGGAGGAGGUCACGACCGCCGCCACUGGGGGAUUGGAAUGCGGAGGCGGGAAAGAUACCGCUGCGUGACGACGACAAGCUACGCCGGAGAGAGUCAAGGCUGGGAUUGAGGAGUAUAUUCGGCCGGAACAAGAGCACAUCGGUAACGGCGGCACCGGCCUCGCCACGAGAGGCGCAACGGAGUAGCGGGAUACGCGCCUCACUAACGAACUGGCCCUAUCAGGUUCAUCAUCAGCGCUCUGAGAGCACACUUGCUUCACAAGCAGGGCAGAAUCUCAAACAUGAGAAAUCAACAGGAGGGCAACCAUCGUCACAAGGGAUUGUGCCAUGGAGCCCACCGCCAUUGUUUCAAGCUUACCCCCAAGCGAUCAAACACGCCCAUCUACCAGCAUGCACCGCCUCUACCGAAUCCGUACUACGACUCAACAACAAGACCAGCUUCUCCAUUGGAGGCGGCUCAAAUCCGGCGACACCAGUAGCUGAGAAGUUUGACGAGGCCAUUGGCGAGAAGACAGAGAAACCGAAGAGGAGACAUCGGAGGAAUACGUCGGGACUUCGGGGGGAGUUCAAGUGGACAACAAAGAUGUUUGUUUUGGUUACGGCCGGGUACCUGCUUCAGUAUUCAGGUGAGGGAUCGUACGACCGACUGCCGGAAAAGAUCCUUCACUUGGGGAAGGACUCGGCGGCAUUUGCCAGUGAUGCCAUCCCGGGACGGCAUUGGGUCCUACAAAUAUCAGCAGUAGCCGAGUCGGAUCGUGUUCCGAGCUCCCAUGGCUCUUCCUUGCUGGCACGCCUGCCCUUCAUGGGGCAAGAGAGGGGCCGUUCUCCGCAUUUCCUGAUGGUGUUCGAGAGUGCUGAGGAAAUGGAUGCCUGGAUUGCAGUAUUAAGGCGUGAAAUUGAGGCACUGGGUGGCAGGAAGGUUUUGUCUGAGACUGGCAAACCAAAGACGGCUGAUGAAGACUCGCAGCUGAAAAGCCAGACAAGUCAGCGGACGUUGGUCGUCAGAGACCCAGAGCGCUUUUCACGGAUCUGGGACCAUAGCUCCUUGAACCCGGAUAUCCAACUCGAUGCUGCGGACGAGGAUGUACGCGAGCAGUCAUUUGACGAUACGUCCUCGGCGAGUGUUAUUUCUCAUGACGGGCGGCAACUGGAUGCGCUCAGGGAUAGCACGAAUCGGUUUUCUUAUGUCUCAUCGGGCCAGCGAACCAUGAUCACAUCUGCUGGUUCAUCGCCUGCUUGCUCUCCUAUUCGGGACACCUUUGCGGAACACGAGUCCAUGACACCGGACAUGCCGCCCCUGGACGAGCACUGGUUGCCAAAGAUGAGACCCAAUGCUGCGGCGAUCAACGACCGGAGACAGUCGCUUCAGGCAGGGAACCAUGUGCUCGAGAUGCAUCUUUCAACAGCACAGACUCUUCGUCCUCGGUCGACUGAAAUGGUGCCUCCGUUUUUGCCUGGCUCGCACCCAGUGUCUAAUUUCAGCAUUCCCCAAGGCAUUAGCAAGCGAUUUCCGGUAAAAGGGGUUGAUUUCACCCCUGGUUCUUUCUCAACAUUGCCAUCUCGAUUUGGCUCGCGAAGGCCACCUCCGUCUGCCUUGUCUAUCAACUCCCGUCCGCUGUCCCUGGUUCUCGAUCAACCCUCGCCAGCAUCCUCGCCAAUGAGCCACGCAAGGAAGAACAGCGCCCAGAGCACAUUAUCGAGCACACCAGAAGCUCUAUCGACCUCUCCACCAUCACAUUUGUGGAUCGAAAGCGACAAGUCAGACGAAGAGCUCAACUCCCCUGUCCAGCCCUCAUCAUAUCCAUCAAUCGAGAACAGCCCACCAAAGUCCAAGCUGAACCCACCGCCACGACCUCGACGUCCCUCCGCUUGUUCAGACAUCAUCGAGGAUGAGAGCAGUCUCAUCUCUUCACAAUCCCACCUCACAGCCCAUCUCUGCGAGGGACCUCGAUCAUCCUCCUCGUUGGGCACAUACGGGGGAGGGUUAAGCAGACUAUCCGAAACCCUUGAGCCUCAGGCUAGAAGAUCGAGCUUCGCCCAAGCAGGAACCUCACUGCCACUAAGCCCGAGAUACCUCUCCCAACGCCCACUCAAAUCAAUUGCGAGAUCAUCACAACAUUUGAGAAUCGACUCCCUCGUUAGCCCGCAGUUCCUGAACUCGAGCAGGAGUAUGUCCAUGCUUGCAGAGGGACCACCACCAGCACCACCACCAACGAGGGCUUUGCCGCCAAUCCCUAAAAGGACAUCCACUGGGGGUGGCAGGAGUAGUUAUGUGGCGGCCGCACCGCCGGGGUUCAUAUAA